GCGCAUUUGUUGUUGAUGGCAUUUCUAUUUUUAGUGCAUGAUAUUAAUUCUCUCAUAUUUAUUGCAGUUGGUCUUGAUGCUGCUGGUAAAACCACCAUCUUGUACAAGCUUAAAUUAGGAGAGAUUGUCACCACCAUCCCCACAAUUGGUUUCAACGUCGAAACCGUCGAGUACAAGAACAUCAGUUUCACAGUGUGGGACGUAGGCGGUCAGGACAAGAUCCGACCCUUGUGGAGACAUUAUUUCCAGAAUACUCAGGGUCUCAUCUUUGUGGUGGACAGCAACGACAAGGAGAGAAUCACAGAAGCUUCAGAUGAACUGGCAAAAAUGUUGCGUGAGGAUGAACUGCGAGAUGCAGUUUUACUAGUGUUUGCCAACAAGCAAGAUUUGCCGAAUGCCAUGACUGCUGCAGAGCUUACCGAUCGCCUAGGUCUUAACCAGUUGCGCAACAGGAGGUGGUAUAUCCAAGCAACUUGUGCAGUUCAAGGACAGGGUUUGUAUGAAGGCCUGGACUGGCUAUCCAAUGAAUUGUCAAAGAAGUAAUGUGUAUCGAUGUAUGUCUGUAUAUUUUAUUUGAUCUUUUUAUAUUACAGCUCGCUGCAUAUUGCAAAAUCUCAUGUAUAAGGUCUAUUACUAAAUUUUCAGUUUCUUGUUUUUGGAGAUUUAUGUUUUCUUUUUUUAAAAUGAAGAUUUGUUUUCUUUUUUUAGAUAUUUAUUAGGGUUAAUUACAUUUUUGUUAAAUGAACAUGUUUUGUAUUCAUUUCACUGAAAUAUUACAAAAAAAAGGAUCAGUAAUCUAGUUGAAGACUUGUGGACCCUUAUCUAGAAGUCAUAUUUUAAGUAGCGGAGUACUCUUGUUCUACUUUAUGAAUGAAUAUAUAUAUUUUUAAAACGAAGGUCUGUGUGAUUUAUCUUCAGGCUGAAGUCUGACCAUUUCAAAAAUUGUUUAAUAGCAAAACUUAUGUUAUCCUAGUGGAACAUUGAACUUAUUGUGAUCAAACUCAUCAAAGUGAGAAUAGCUGUUCUCACAUUGUUAAUAACUUAAUGGUGCAUUGGUACAACUCCAGUAUAGAUGGCUUCUAAGUUUACUGAAGAUUUGUGUAUUUUUUCACUGCACUUAAGGGGAAAGAAUCGUAAGAGAUAAAAGAGUGUACCAUAGCAAGACUUCCACAUCAAUUGCAGCUGCAGUCCUACCCUUCCACCCUAAACGUGUGAUUGUGUGCAUUUUGUUGAAUGUUAAAAAUAGUUGCGGGGAUGAA